CGCGAUCAGUGUCGACGCGUCCACUGCACGCGUCGCUCCGCGCUCAGCAAGUGUGUAUAUAUAUAGUAUAAAAUCAGACGUGUAUUAAUUAUAAUCGUUAUUAAUCCUCCGUCCAGUGCGCCGCUCGUGUCGUUUUUUUUUUCGUUGUUGUCGUUAAUAAUUAAUUCACAAUUAUGGCUAUCGAGGACUAUCAAGACAUCGUGGCCAACGUCGCGAUGGUAUCCACCAUGGGCCACAUGCUGUCCGGCACGUUCAUCUGCCGAGACAUUUACAACAAGGGCACGGCCAAAGGAUGCGACCCGAUGCCGUUCGUCGGCGGCAUAGGAAUGUGCGUCUUGAUGCUGCAGUACGCGCUGAUACUGCGCGACCCCACCAUGAUCAACGUCAAUCUCUUCGGCAUAGCCACGAACGUCGCCUACAUGGUCUUCUAUUACGCUUACACGCCGGAGAAGAUGUCGACGCUGACCGUACUGGCCAAGGCGACGCUCUUCGUGGCCGUGAUACUGGGCUACGCUCAGCUGGAGGACAAGGAGCUGGUCGAGUUCCGUUACGGCGUGCUGACCACGGCACUCUUCUUGUUCUUGGUCGGCUCGCCCCUCAUGCACAUUGGAGAAAUAAUCAAGACCAAGAGCACGGCUAUGCUUCCGUUUCCACUAAUAUUCAUGGGCACGAUCGUGGCCUUCCAGUGGCUCGUUUACGGCUUGAUAAUAAACAAUGCCUUCAUCAUAUUCCAAAACGGAGUUGCCUUCACGCUUUCGCUGGCCCAGUUGUCGCUGUUCGCGAUAUACCCGUCGAAGCCGGUAGAGAGCAGCGCCGAGACCGAUAAAAAGAAAGAUUAAGAAGAGCUGGGAAUCUUUCGCAUUUUUCGACUUUCAAAGUCUUUCGAUUACCAUUGAUUCAUUUAUUACGUUUAAUCGUUGAAUAUAUUAUGUGCCUGUGCGCGCGCGCGUGUACUCGGGUAUAUCGUUUUUUUAGAGAUAAUUAAAGUUAUAUUUUUACACGUAAAGAGAAAUGUAACGCAAAAAAUGUUGCUAUUAAAUUGUAUGAAAAGGUCGAUAUAUUUA